AUGUACUUCCAUCUCUUCUACAGGGACGAGCUAGACAAAAGGGACGUUGUGCAUCUCAACAGUGACAUUGUGACUGCCCCGGCUUUCAGUCUACUCCUUGAAUUUAUGUAUGAGGGAAAGUUGGAGUUCAGCACUCUGCCUGUAGAAGAUGUGUUGGCAGCGGCUAGUUACCUGCACAUGUAUGACAUUGUCAAAGUGUGUAAAGGCAAACUCAAAGAUAAGGAACUGCUGAGCCUGGAGGAGAAGAUGGGCGAGGGCUUGGGCCUGAGCUGUCUGGACAGAGAAAACUCUUCAGACAGUGAGCUGCACAGUAAGCAGCUCGUGCGGCGACAGAUACUCGCUCUGUCUCAGGGGGCUCUGAGGGCACCAGCAGCACUAGAUUUUGACAUGGACAACAGCGAAGUCAAGCUGCCUGUCACUGACUAUGACAGGACCACACAGGGCAAGCAGAAGGCGAACGGUCACUCUGGCAGGUCCCCGGAUCUUGUAGGUGUCAAUUAUGUGUCAGCAGAGGCCGAGCCCUGCCACCCAACAGCUGGAAAAACAAAAGCUGAUGUCAGUAGUUCCAACGUAUCGCUGUCCCAGAGGUCCCGAGCUUCAAAUGACAUGGACUGUGCACUGGAUUUGUCUUUCAAGCCUCUGUCUAGCAAAGAUCCCUUACACCCCUCCUACGUCUCAGGACAGCUGGCCCUCGACAGCCAGCAGCAGGGCACUGAGCCACUUGUUAAAGACGAACACGACUCGCUGUCAGAGCAGGAGGACAGUGAGCCCAUGAGCCCCGAGAGCCAGCGCUUUGGGAAUAGUGCCAGGAGCUCAGUGGUGACAGGGUUCGCUGCCCUCUUCCCAGGCAACAACGGCCCCACGGCCGUCCUUCUCUCCCAGGAGGAGGACCUGAUGGACGACGAGGGGGAGGUGUGUGGGGGGAGAGGGGCCCCGGGCUGCAAACUGGGGGACAGGAGGGGCCGGCUGCUGGGGGACAGUGAGGAGGAAGAGGAGGACGACUUGGCCUCUUCGGACAUCUCCACUUCCAGCGGGGUGCUCCUGCCCCCGGGCCAACAAGUGUGUAUCUGCCCCUUGUGUAGCAAAGUCUUCCCCAGCCCCCACAUAUUACAACUGCACCUCAGCUCCCACUUCCGUGAGAAGGACGGCCCUCGCUCCAAACUUUCCCCUGAUGGCUCCGUUCCCACCUGUAUGCAGUGUAACAAGACCUUCUCCUGCAUGUACACACUGAAGCGGCACGAGCGCACGCACUCUGGCGAGAAGCCCUACACCUGUGGCCAGUGUGGCAAGAGCUUCCAGUACUCCCAUAACUUAAGUCGGCACGCGGUGGUGCACACGCGCGAGAAGCCUCACGCCUGUAAGUGGUGUGAGCGCCGCUUCACGCAGUCGGGGGACCUUUAUCGCCACAUCAGGAAGUUUCAUUGUGGCCUUGUUAAAACUCUUGCCAUUGGAUAA